CCGCGCUCUCAAUCUCUAGCUCGCUCGCGCUCCCUCUCCCCGGGCUGUGGAAAGGAUCCCACUUCCGGUGGGGUGUCAUGGCGGCGUCUCGGACUGUGAUGGCUGUGGGGAGACGGCGCUAGUGGGGAAAGCGACCAAGAGGCCCCCUCCCCUCCCCGGGUCCCCUUCCCCUAUCCCCCUUCCCCCAGCCUCCGUGCCAACGCCCCCUUUCCCUCUCCCCCUCCCGCUCGGCGCUGACCCCCCAUCCCCACCCCCGUGGGAACGCUGGGAGCCUGCACUCCUCAGACCCUCUCCUCGCCUCUUCCCUCACCUCAGCCUCCGCUCCCCGCCCUCUUCCCGGCCCAGGGCGCCGGCCCACCCUUCCCUCCGCCGCCCCCCGGCCGCGGGGAGGACAUGGCCGCGCACAGGCCGGUGGAAUGGGUCCAGGCCGUGGUCAGCCGCUUCGACGAGCAGCUUCCAAUAAAAACAGGACAGCAGAACACACAUACCAAAGUCAGUACUGAGCACAACAAGGAAUGUCUAAUCAAUAUUUCCAAAUACAAGUUUUCUUUGGUUAUAAGCGGCCUCACUACUAUCUUAAAGAAUGUUAACAAUAUGAGAAUAUUUGGAGAAGCUGCUGAAAAAAAUUUAUAUCUCUCUCAGUUGAUUAUUUUGGAUACACUGGAAAAAUGUCUUGCUGGGCAACCAAAGGACACAAUGAGAUUAGAUGAAACGAUGCUGGUCAAACAGUUGCUGCCAGAAAUCUGCCAUUUUCUUCACACCUGUCGUGAAGGAAACCAGCAUGCAGCUGAACUUCGGAAUUCUGCCUCUGGGGUUUUAUUUUCUCUCAGCUGCAACAACUUCAAUGCAGUCUUUAGUCGCAUUUCUACCAGGUUACAGGAAUUAACUGUUUGUUCAGAAGACAAUGUUGAUGUUCAUGAUAUAGAAUUGUUACAGUAUAUCAAUGUGGAUUGUGCAAAAUUAAAACGACUCCUGAAGGAAACAGCAUUUAAAUUUAAAGCCCUAAAGAAGGUUGCGCAGUUAGCAGUUAUAAAUAGCCUGGAAAAGGCAUUUUGGAACUGGGUAGAAAAUUAUCCAGAUGAAUUUACAAAACUAUACCAGAUCCCACAGACUGAUAUGGCUGAAUGUGCAGAAAAGCUGUUUGACUUGGUGGAUGGUUUUGCUGAAAGCACCAAACGUAAAGCAGCAGUUUGGCCACUACAAAUCAUUCUCCUUAUCUUGUGUCCAGAAAUAAUCCAGGAUAUAUCCAAGGAUGUGGUUGAUGAAAACAACAUGAAUAAGAAGUUAUUUCUGGACAGUCUACGAAAAGCUCUUGCUGGCCAUGGAGGAAGUAGGCAGCUGACAGAAAGUGCUGCAAUUGCCUGUGUCAAACUGUGUAAAGCAAGUACUUACAUCAAUUGGGAAGAUAACUCUGUCAUUUUCCUACUUGUUCAGUCCAUGGUGGUUGAUCUUAAGAACCUGCUUUUUAAUCCAAGUAAGCCAUUCUCAAGAGGCAGUCAGCCUGCAGAUGUGGAUCUAAUGAUUGACUGCCUUGUUUCUUGCUUUCGUAUAAGUCCUCACAACAACCAACACUUUAAGAUCUGCCUGGCUCAGAAUUCACCUUCUACAUUUCACUAUGUGCUGGUAAAUUCACUCCAUCGAAUCAUCACCAAUAGCACUUUCAAGCAUGGACUUGGCACUGCUUCGGCAUUGGAUUGGUGGCCUAAGAUUGAUGCUGUGUAUUGUCACUCGGUUGAACUUCGAAAUAUGUUUGGUGAAACACUUCAUAAAGCAGUGCAAGGUUGUGGAGCACACCCAGCAAUACGAAUGGCACAGACUCUUACAUUUAAAGAAAAAGUAACAAGCCUUAAAUUUAAAGAAAAACCUACAGACCUGGAGACAAGAAGCUAUAAGUAUCUUCUUUUGUCCAUGGUGAAACUAAUUCAUGCAGAUCCAAAGCUCUUGCUUUGUAAUCCAAGAAAACAGGGGCCCGAAACCCAAGGCAGUACAGCAGAGUUAAUUACAGGGCUCGUCCAACUGGUCCCUCAGUCACACAUGCCAGAGAUUGCGCAGGAAGCAAUGGAGGCUCUGCUGGUUCUUCAUCAGUUAGAUAGCAUUGAUUUGUGGAAUCCUGAUGCUCCUGUAGAAACAUUUUGGGAGAUUAGCUCACAAAUGCUUUUUUACAUCUGCAAGAAAUUAACUAGUCAUCAAAUGCUUAGUAGCACAGAAAUUCUCAAGUGGUUGCGGGAAAUUUUGAUCUGCAGGAAUAAAUUCCUUCUUAAAAAUAAGCAGGCAGAUAGAAGUUCCUGUCACUUUCUCCUUUUUUAUGGGGUAGGAUGUGAUAUUCCUUCUAGUGGAAAUACCAGUCAAAUGUCCAUGGAUCAUGAAGAAUUACUACGUACUCCUGGAGCCUCUCUCCGGAAGGGAAAAGGGAACUCCUCUAUGGAUAGUGCAGCAGGAUGCAGCGGAACCCCCCCGAUUUGCCGACAAGCCCAGACCAAACUAGAAGUGGCCCUGUACAUGUUUCUCUGGAACCCUGACACUGAAGCUGUUCUGGUUGCCAUGUCCUGUUUCCGCCACCUCUGUGAGGAAGCAGAUAUCCGGUGUGGGGUGGAUGAAGUGUCAGUGCAUAACCUCUUGCCCAACUAUAACACAUUCAUGGAGUUUGCCUCUGUCAGCAAUAUGAUGUCAACAGGAAGAGCAGCACUUCAGAAAAGAGUGAUGGCACUGCUGAGGCGCAUUGAGCAUCCCACUGCAGGAAACACUGAGGCUUGGGAAGAUACACAUGCAAAAUGGGAACAAGCAACAAAACUAAUCCUUAACUAUCCAAAAGCCAAAAUGGAAGAUGGCCAGGCUGCUGAAAGCCUUCACAAGACCAUUGUUAAGAGGCGAAUGUCCCAUGUGAGUGGAGGAGGAUCCAUAGAUUUGUCUGACACAGACUCCCUACAGGAAUGGAUCAACAUGACUGGCUUCCUUUGUGCCCUUGGGGGAGUGUGCCUCCAGCAGAGAAGCAAUUCUGGCCUGGCAACCUAUAGCCCACCCAUGGGUCCAGUCAAUGAACGUAAGGGUUCCAUGAUUUCAGUGAUGUCCUCAGAGGGAAACACAGAUACACCUGUCAGCAAAUUUAUGGAUCGGCUCUUGUCCUUAAUGGUGUGUAACCAUGAGAAAGUGGGACUUCAAAUACGGACCAAUGUUAAGGAUCUGGUGGGUCUAGAAUUGAGUCCUGCUCUGUAUCCAAUGCUAUUUAACAAAUUGAAGAAUACCAUCAGCAAGUUUUUUGACUCCCAAGGACAGGUUUUAUUGACCGAUACCAAUACUCAGUUUGUAGAACAAACCAUAGCUAUAAUGAAGAACUUGCUAGAUAAUCAUACCGAAGGCAGCUCUGAACAUCUGGGGCAAGCUAGCAUUGAAACAAUGAUGUUAAAUCUGGUCAGGUAUGUUCGUGUGCUUGGGAAUAUGGUCCAUGCAAUUCAAAUAAAAACAAAACUGUGUCAGUUAGUUGAAGUAAUGAUGGCAAGGAGAGAUGACCUCUCAUUUUGCCAAGAGAUGAAAUUUAGGAAUAAGAUGGUAGAAUACCUGACAGACUGGGUUAUGGGAACAUCAAACCAAGCAGCGGAUGAUGAUGUAAAAUGUCUUACAAGAGAUUUGGACCAGGCAAGCAUGGAAGCAGUAGUUUCACUUCUAGCUGGUCUCCCUCUGCAGCCUGAAGAAGGAGAUGGUGUGGAAUUGAUGGAAGCCAAAUCACAGUUAUUUCUUAAAUACUUCACAUUAUUUAUGAACCUUUUGAAUGACUGCAGUGAAGUUGAAGAUGAAAAUGCACAAACAGGUGGCAGGAAACGUGGCAUGUCUCGGAGGCUGGCAUCACUGAGGCACUGUACAGUCCUUGCAAUGUCAAACUUACUCAAUGCCAACGUAGACAGUGGUCUCAUGCACUCCAUAGGCUUAGGUUACCACAAAGAUCUCCAGACAAGAGCUACAUUUAUGGAAGUUCUGACAAAAAUCCUUCAACAAGGCACAGAAUUUGACACACUUGCAGAAACGGUAUUGGCUGAUCGGUUUGAGAGAUUGGUGGAACUGGUCACAAUGAUGGGUGAUCAAGGAGAACUCCCUAUAGCGAUGGCUCUGGCCAAUGUGGUUCCUUGUUCUCAGUGGGAUGAACUAGCUCGAGUUCUGGUUACUCUGUUUGAUUCUCGGCAUUUACUCUACCAACUGCUCUGGAACAUGUUUUCUAAAGAAGUAGAAUUGGCAGACUCCAUGCAGACUCUCUUCCGAGGCAACAGCUUGGCCAGUAAAAUAAUGACGUUCUGUUUCAAGGUAUAUGGUGCUACCUAUCUACAGAAACUCCUGGAUCCUUUAUUACGAAUUGUGAUCACAUCCUCUGAUUGGCAACAUGUUAGCUUUGAAGUGGAUCCUACCAGGUUAGAACCAUCAGAGAGCCUUGAGGAAAACCAGCGGAACCUCCUUCAGAUGACUGAAAAGUUCUUCCAUGCCAUCAUCAGUUCCUCCUCAGAAUUCCCCCCUCAACUUCGAAGUGUGUGCCACUGUUUAUACCAGGCAACUUGCCACUCCCUACUGAAUAAAGCUACAGUAAAAGAAAAAAAGGAAAACAAAAAAUCAGUGGUUAGCCAGCGUUUCCCUCAGAACAGCAUCGGUGCAGUAGGAAGUGCCAUGUUCCUCAGAUUUAUCAAUCCUGCCAUUGUCUCACCGUAUGAAGCAGGGAUUUUAGAUAAAAAGCCACCACCUAGAAUCGAAAGGGGCUUGAAGUUAAUGUCAAAGAUACUUCAGAGUAUCGCCAAUCAUGUUCUCUUCACAAAAGAAGAACAUAUGCGGCCUUUCAACGAUUUUGUGAAAACCAACUUUGAUGCAGCACGAAGGUUUUUCCUUGAUAUAGCAUCUGAUUGUCCUACAAGUGAUGCAGUAAAUCAUAGUCUUUCCUUCAUCAGUGACGGCAAUGUGCUUGCUUUACAUCGUCUACUCUGGAACAAUCAGGAGAAAAUCGGCCAGUAUCUUUCCAGCAACAGGGAUCAUAAAGCUGUUGGAAGACGACCUUUUGAUAAGAUGGCAACACUUCUUGCGUACCUGGGUCCUCCAGAGCACAAGCCCGUGGCAGAUACACACUGGUCCAGCCUUAACCUUACCAGUUCAAAGUUUGAGGAAUUUAUGACUAGGCAUCAGGUACAUGAAAAAGAAGAAUUCAAGGCUUUGAAAACGUUAAGUAUUUUCUACCAAGCUGGGACUUCCAAAGCUGGGAAUCCUAUUUUUUAUUAUGUUGCACGGAGGUUCAAAACUGGUCAAAUCAAUGGUGAUUUGCUGAUAUACCAUGUCUUACUGACUUUAAAGCCAUAUUAUGCAAAGCCAUAUGAAAUUGUAGUGGACCUUACCCAUACCGGGCCUAGCAAUCGCUUUAAAACAGACUUUCUCUCUAAGUGGUUUGUUGUUUUUCCUGGCUUUGCUUACGACAACGUCUCCGCAGUCUAUAUCUAUAACUGUAACUCCUGGGUCAGGGAGUACACCAAGUAUCAUGAGCGGCUGCUGACUGGCCUCAAAGGUAGCAAAAGGCUUGUUUUCAUAGACUGUCCUGGGAAACUGGCUGAGCACAUAGAGCACGAACAACAGAAACUACCUGCUGCCACCUUGGCUUUAGAAGAGGACCUGAAGGUAUUCCACAAUGCUCUCAAGCUAGCUCACAAAGAUACCAAAGUUUCUAUUAAAGUUGGUUCUACUGCUGUCCAAGUAACCUCAGCAGAGCGAACAAAAGUCCUAGGACAAUCAGUCUUUUUAAAUGACAUCUAUUAUGCUUCGGAAAUUGAAGAAAUCUGCCUAGUAGAUGAGAACCAGUUCACCUUAACCAUUGCAAACCAGGGCACGCCGCUCACCUUCAUGCACCAGGAGUGUGAAGCCAUUGUCCAGUCUAUCAUUCAUAUCCGGACCCGCUGGGAGCUGUCACAGCCCGACUCUAUCCCCCAACACACCAAGAUUCGGCCAAAAGAUGUCCCUGGUACACUGCUCAAUAUCGCAUUACUUAAUUUAGGCAGUUCUGACCCGAGUUUACGGUCAGCUGCCUAUAAUCUUCUGUGUGCCUUAACUUGUACCUUUAAUUUAAAAAUCGAGGGCCAGUUACUAGAGACAUCAGGUUUAUGUAUCCCUGCCAACAACACCCUCUUUAUUGUCUCUAUUAGUAAGACACUGGCAGCCAAUGAGCCACACCUCACGUUAGAAUUUUUGGAAGAGUGUAUUUCUGGAUUUAGCAAAUCUAGUAUUGAAUUGAAACACCUUUGUUUGGAAUACAUGACUCCAUGGCUGUCAAAUCUAGUUCGUUUUUGCAAGCAUAAUGAUGAUGCCAAACGACAAAGAGUUACUGCUAUUCUUGAUAAGCUGAUAACAAUGACCAUCAAUGAAAAACAGAUGUACCCAUCUAUUCAAGCAAAAAUAUGGGGAAGCCUUGGGCAGAUUACAGAUCUGCUUGAUGUUGUACUAGACAGUUUCAUCAAAACCAGUGCAACAGGUGGCUUGGGAUCAAUAAAAGCUGAGGUGAUGGCAGAUACUGCUGUAGCUUUGGCUUCUGGAAAUGUGAAAUUGGUUUCAAGCAAGGUUAUUGGAAGGAUGUGCAAAAUAAUUGACAAGACAUGCUUAUCUCCAACUCCUACUUUAGAACAACAUCUUAUGUGGGAUGAUAUUGCUAUUUUAGCACGCUACAUGCUGAUGCUGUCCUUCAACAAUUCCCUUGAUGUGGCAGCUCAUCUUCCCUACCUCUUCCACGUUGUUACUUUCUUAGUAGCCACAGGUCCGCUCUCCCUUAGAGCUUCCACACAUGGACUGGUCAUUAAUAUCAUUCACUCUCUGUGUACUUGUUCACAGCUUCAUUUUAGUGAAGAGACCAAGCAAGUUUUGAGACUCAGUCUGACAGAAUUCUCAUUACCCAAAUUUUACUUGCUGUUUGGCAUUAGCAAAGUCAAGUCAGCCGCUGUCAUUGCCUUCCGUUCCAGUUACCGGGACAGGUCAUUCUCUCCUGGCUCCUAUGAGAGAGAGACUUUUGCUUUGACAUCCUUGGAAACAGUCACAGAAGCUUUAUUGGAGAUCAUGGAGGCAUGCAUGAGAGAUAUUCCAACGUGCAAGUGGCUGGACCAGUGGACAGAACUAGCUCAAAGAUUUGCAUUCCAGUAUAAUCCAUCCCUGCAACCAAGAGCUCUUGUUGUCUUUGGGUGUAUUAGCAAACGAGUGUCUCAUGGGCAGAUAAAGCAGAUUAUCCGUAUUCUUAGCAAGGCACUUGAGAGUUGCUUAAAAGGACCUGAUACUUACAACAGUCAAGUUCUGAUAGAAGCUACAGUAAUAGCACUAACCAAAUUACAGCCACUUCUUAAUAAGGACUCACCUCUGCACAAAGCCCUCUUUUGGGUAGCUGUGGCUGUGCUGCAGCUUGAUGAAGUCAACUUGUAUUCAGCAGGCACAGCACUUCUUGAACAAAACCUGCAUACUUUAGAUAGUCUCCGUAUAUUCAAUGACAAGAGUCCAGAGGAAGUAUUUAUGGCAAUCCGGAAUCCUCUGGAGUGGCACUGCAAGCAAAUGGAUCAUUUUGUUGGACUCAAUUUCAACUCUAACUUUAACUUUGCAUUGGUUGGACACCUUUUAAAAGGGUACAGGCAUCCUUCACCUGCCAUUGUUGCAAGAACAGUCAGAAUUUUACAUACACUACUAACUCUGGUUAACAAACACAGGAAUUGUGACAAAUUUGAAGUGAAUACACAGAGCGUGGCCUACUUAGCAGCUUUACUUACAGUGUCUGAAGAAGUUCGAAGUCGCUGCAGCCUAAAACAUAGAAAGUCACUUCUUCUUACUGAUGUUUCAAUGGAAAAUGUUCCUAUGGAUACAUAUCCCAUUCAUCAUGGUGAUCCUACCUAUAGGACACUAAAGGAGACUCAGCCAUGGUCCUCUCCCAAAGGUUCUGAAGGAUACCUUGCAGCCACCUAUCCAACUGUCGGCCAGACCAGUCCCCGAGCCAGGAAAUCCAUGAGCUUGGACAUGGGGCAGCCUUCUCAGGCCAACACUAAGAAGUUGCUGGGAACAAGGAAAAGUUUUGAUCACUUGAUAUCAGACACAAAGGCUCCUAAAAGGCAAGAAAUGGAAUCAGGGAUCACAACACCCCCCAAAAUGAGGAGAGUAGCAGAAACUGAUUAUGAAAUGGAAACUCAGAGGAUUUCCUCAUCACAACAGCAUCCACAUUUACGUAAGGUUUCGGUGUCUGAAUCAAAUGUUCUCUUGGAUGAAGAAGUACUUACUGAUCCAAAAAUCCAGGCGCUGCUUCUUACUGUUCUAGCUACACUGGUAAAAUAUACCACAGAUGAGUUUGAUCAACGAAUUCUUUAUGAAUACUUAGCAGAGGCCAGUGUUGUGUUUCCCAAAGUAUUUCCUGUUGUGCAUAAUUUGUUGGACUCUAAGAUCAACACCCUGUUAUCACUGUGCCAAGAUCCAAAUCUGUUAAAUCCAAUCCAUGGAAUUGUGCAGAGUGUGGUGUACCAUGAAGAAUCCCCACCACAAUACCAAACAUCUUACCUGCAAAGUUUUGGUUUUAAUGGCUUGUGGCGGUUUGCAGGACCCUUUUCAAAGCAAACACAAAUUCCAGACUAUGCUGAGCUUAUUGUUAAGUUUCUUGAUGCCUUGAUUGACACGUACCUGCCUGGAAUUGAUGAAGAAACCAGUGAGGAAUCCCUCCUGACACCCACAUCUCCUUACCCUCCUGCACUGCAGAGCCAGCUUAGUAUCACUGCCAACCUUAACCUCUCUAAUUCCAUGACCUCACUUGCAACUUCCCAGCAUUCCCCAGGAAUCGACAAGGAGAACGUUGAACUCUCCCCUACCACUGGCCACUGUAACAGUGGACGAACUCGCCACGGAUCCGCAAGCCAAGUGCAGAAGCAAAGAAGCGCUGGCAGUUUCAAACGUAAUAGCAUUAAGAAGAUCGUGUGAAGCUUGCUUGCUUUCUUUUUUAAAGUCAACUUAACAUGGGCUCUUCACUAGUGACCCCUUCCCUGUCCUUGCCCCAUCCCUCCAUGUUGUAAUGCUGCACUUCCUGUUUUAUAAUGAACCUAUCCAGUUUGCCAUGUUGCCAGAUGAUCAACUUUUGGAAGCAUUGCCUAAAUUUAAUGCUGCCUUUUCUUUAACUUUUUUUCUUCUACUUUUGGCGUGUAUCUGGUAUGUGUGAGUGUUCAUAACAACUGCAAAGAAAGUGGGAGGUCAGGAAACUUUAACUGAGAUCAUCUCAAUUGUAAGAGAGGAUAAAUUCUUGAAUACUGCUACUACUGGCCAGCAAUGAAAGCCAUUUGCACAGAGCUCUGCCUUCUGUGGUUUUCCCUUCUUCAUCCUACAGAGUAAAGUGUUAGUCCUAUUUAUACACUUUUCAAGAUACAAGUUUAUGAGAGAAAUAGUAUUAUAACUCCAGUAUGUUUAAUCUUUUAGCUGUGGACUUUUUUUUUAACCUUACAAAACUGAAAGAACCAUAAAGGUCAAGCCUCAGUGACUUUACACCAUAAAGCCACAGACAAGGUACUUGGCAGGGGAGGGCAGGGAAAUUUCAUAUAGUGGAUUCUUAAGAAAUACUAACACUUGAGUAUUAGCAAUAAUUACAGGAAAAUAAGUGUGACCACAUGUAUCUUAACAUUACUGAAUUAAAACUAUGGCUUCUAAGUCCUUACCCAAACUCAGUCAUCCAAACUAGUUUAUUCUUUUUCUCCAGUUGAUUAUCUUUUAAUUUUUAAUUUUGCUAAAGGUGGUCUUUUGUGUUUUGUUUUUUGUAAACCAAAACUAUACUAAGUAUAGUAAUUUUAUAUAUAUAUAUAUAUAUAUAUAUAUAUAUGUCUAUUUUUCCCUCCCCCUCUUCUUUCCUGAAUAAUUCUGAGCAGGGUAAUCAGUGAACAAAGAGUUGAAAAUUGUUCCCAGAAGGUAAUUUUCAUAGAUAUUUGCAUUAGCUCCAUAGCAAAAUGGAAUGGUACGUGACAUUUAGGGUAGCUGAUAUUUUUAUUUUGUUAAAUAAUUUCCAAGAAUAGAGUAUGGUGUAUAUUAUAAAUUUCUUUGAUAAGAUGUAUUCUGAAUGUCUUUUAAUCUUCCUCCUCCUCUCCAAAAAAAUCAGAAACCUCUUUAAGAAAACAUGUAGGUUAUAUAUGCUAGAAUUGCAUUUAAUCACUGUGAAAAGACUGGUCAGCCUGCAUUAGUAUGACAAUAGGGGGGCCAUUAGAGUUGCUGCUAUACGGGUGGUAUGGAUUAUCAUGGCAUUGGAAUUUUCAUAAUAAUGCAGAUCCAAUUUCUUUGUGGUACCUGCAGUAUACAAAAUAAUUUUACUUCAGUGAGCAUAUUGGUAUCUGGAUGUUCCAAUUUAGAACUAAACCAUAUUUAUUACGAAAAGAUAUUAAUCCCUCUACUCCCAGGUUCCCUUUAUAUCUUAAGAUAUAAUGACUUUGAGAGGAGGGAAAAUAAACCUAGGGGAGAGGGGAGUUUCCUGUAGUGCUGUUUCAUUAGAGGGUUUCAGUAAAUUAAAUUCCACAGCUAAUUCAAUAAAUAAUGGUACAUUUAAGUGUUCUGAUUUUAAUAAUAUAAUACAUUUCACAUUUAUCCACACAGUAACAAUGUAAUAUGUUAAUGUAAAUAAAAUUGUUUUUGAUACUCAGAAAUAACAAGAAUUUAAUUUUUUUAAUUUGUUUACAGUCCUGGGAAAAGUAAGAAUUAUUUGCCAAAAUAAAAGGAAGGAAAACCGUAGUGUUCUUAGUGAGUUUACCAUAGAAUUAUUGGAAAUACUGAAGACAGGUGCAAUUUACUAAACUUUUGUUUUUAAACUAUUGUAGAGGCUGCAUUAGAAGAAAAUGUCUAUAAUGACAGAGCAACUAAGACUAUAUAAAAAAGCUGAAAUUAGAACUGAGUUUAGAAAUAGAUCAGUAACCCAGUGCCAAGGAUGCCAAGCUGCCAUCAUGGUCUUGGCUCUCCCACAACCCAGUGUUUCUGGGGUAAGUUUCACAGUUUCUAGGCCCUAGAAUAGCAGGCAGUGUAAGCCUUUGAUAACUUUAGUUCCAUGUUUUUCUUUUUUUUGUUUGUUGGUUUGGUGCAUAUGAUAGUGGGUGUUAUGCUAUUUUGCUCUUCCAUCAAAAUAGAGAAAUUUGCAGAGGUUUACUGUUAAAAAUAUCAAUAUUUCCAUAAACAAGUUUACCAAGGUAUAGUAUUUCAUACCCCCUGAAAUGAUCAGCGUUGGCACAAAUCAAAAUUGAGCCGCUUUUGAAAUGCAGAAAUACCUUUGACUAGUAAGUACAUCCUAGGAAUUUGAAAACUUACUAAGGUUUAAAAUUUACCUUGUUUAAAGAACUUCUGACUUUUGAGGAAAAUCUAGCUUUCCAAGUAACUAAAAUGUACAUGAGAUAAACCUCUCACCACUAUGUGUCCCGUGAGAAAUGCAACACUUUUUUAGUCUUCAUACUUGUAAUCUAUAAAAGAAAUUCUGAAGUUUAGAGCAAGUUGCCCAUUUUUGUGUAAUUGACGUAAGUUCUGUUAAGAAUAUUGUAAGUAAUUUGUUUCGGUUUGUAGAUGUUUCCCCUGACUUGUUAAAGAGGAAAACAGGAACUCAGUCAUGUUUUUGUCCUGGAUAAUCUACCUGUUAUGCCAGUACUCACGUCUGAGGGGCGUGCCCUUAGUUGCCAAGAUGCAGAUGCAAUUCACUAGAUUUGGGGCAAAGUGGCUACAGCUCUAUCUUCCAUUCACUCAACACCUGUUCAUGACUGAGCCAGGUGCCCAGGACACAUCCUAAACAGUCAGCUUCUAUCCUGUGUCCUAGUCAGGGAGACAAGAGUGCCAGCCAGCAACCCUCCCAGGUUUGUAGGUUUUAGGGGUUUUCAGUGUUGUUUGGGGUUUUUGUUUUUCAGUUUUGUUUCUACAUCCUUCCCCGACUCCCAGGCAUAAUGAGGCAUGUCUUACUCAAUGUUAUGCAAUGGAUUUAGGCAAAAAUUCAUUCUUAGUGUCAGCCACACAAUUUUUUUUUAAUGCAGUAUAUUCACCUGUAAAUAGUUUGUGUAAAAUUUGACAAAAAAGUAUAUUUACUACACUGUAAAUACAUGUGAUGAUAUAUUGUAUUAUUUUGCUUUUUUGUAAAGCAGUUAGUUGCUGCACAUGGAUAACAACAAAAAUUUGAUUAUUCUCGUGUUAGUAUUGUUAACUCCUUUUUGCGACUGCGUUACAUCAUUUAAAGAAAAUGCUGUGUAUUGUAAACUAAAAUUGUAUAUGAUAACAUACUGUCCUUUCCAUCCGGGCCUAAACUUUGGCGGUUCCUUUGUCUACAACUUUGUUAAUACCUUAAGCAGUUGUACGCCAGCAGGAAAAAUACUGCCCAACAGACAAAAUCGAUCAUUGUAGGGGAAAAUUGUAGAAAUCCAUUUCAGAUCUUUAUUGUUCCUCACCCCAUUUUGCUCCUUGUGUAUGUACUUCCCCCAUCCCCCUUUUUUAAAGUAAAAUGUAAAUUCAAUCUGCUCUAA